AGAUGGCAUUACAUAAUCACCGGAAGGAAACGAAUUGGCUGAUGUUUUGACAAUUUGUCAUUUUAGGUCACAUCAUCUACAACAGCAAAAACAACAACAAUGUAUCCACCGCAGCCACCGCAACAUUAUCACCAGCAGCAGCCACCACAACAAAAGUAUCAACAACAUAUUCAACAAUCACAGCCUUCUGGUCAAUUUCAGCCACCACCUCAACAUUAUCAACCCCCACCACAACCACAACCACAACAAUAUCAACAGAAUGUCCAACAAUCACAAGCUUCUGGUCAAUUCCAGCCGGUACCAUAUCGAAUACCAGCUCCACCGCAACAACAAUACCAACAGAAUGUCCAACAAUCACAGCCUUCUGGUCAAUUUCAGCAACCACCGCAGCAUUAUCAGCCACCACCACCACCACCGCCACAACAACAACAACAACAACAACAACAGCAACAAUAUCAACAGCAUAUCCAACAAACACAAUCUUCUGGUCAAUUCCAGCCGCCAUCGAUGCACCAUCAACACUUGCCACCUCCACAACAAUCCCGUGAGCUGGAUCCAAAUCUUAUGCCAAGUGUAACUGAUGUCAUUCAAGAAGAUAUUGCUAAAUUAUCGGAAGAAAAUAUUAUUUCUACAAGGCCUUUAUCAGUCCCUCCGCUUGUAACUACACUGAAAGAUCCCGAGACCAAAGUUUCCAUGCAAGAUGGAGGCUGUGCCCGUCCAAAUCACAUACGAUCAACAUUUUAUUCAAUUCCAAAUUCUGAAGAUUUACUCAAAACAACUGGUCUACCAUUUGGCAUUGUUGUAACACCAUUUGCGGAGGAGGAACUUGAUGAAACAAUAAAUGUUCCCGUUUCAGAAUCGGAAAUAAUCCGAUGUAACAGAUGCAAGGCAUAUAUGAGUCCAUUUAUGCGAUUCAUUGAUGGUGGUCGACGUUUCCAAUGUGCACUUUGUCGUCAUAUUAGUGAAGUUCCAAACACAUACUUUGCACACCUUGAUCAUAAUGGUCGUAGGUUAGAUGAAAUUGAAAGGCCAGAAUUAAAUCUUGGAAGUUAUGAAUUCAGAGGAACAGCUGAAUAUUGUCGGAAUGGUAUUUUGAACUGUAGACGUCCACAUAUUAUAUUUGCCUUCGAGAUGACUGUCAACUCAAAAUUAUUAGUCCACCAAUUAUCGAAGCAUUUACCUGAUGUCAUCAAAAACCAUUUACCCACUGACAUUCAAAAUCCAGGAUCACGUCCUCCUUUGGUCGGAUUUUUAACAUAUAAUUCUAAGAUUCAAGUUUACGAUAUAAUUAAUAAUAAUCAAGUUCGAAUAGUUAGUGACGUUGCAGAAACCUUCUCACCCUCAACUACUUUCUUAGUAGAUCCUGUUACGCAUGCAGACCAAAUUGAAAGAUUUCUUCAGUCUCUACCUGCUUUAUACAACGAUAAUGAGCUUGAAACUGAAACGAUAUUAGGUCCUGUCAUUGAGGCUGCUCUUCAAUCUUGUCAGGUCGAUAAAAAUAAUUGGUUCGUUGAUCCAGAAACAGGGAGUAAUGCAACCCCUGAUCCUAGUAAAGUAGUCCCAGCGGGAAAAGUAUACCUUUUCCAUUGUACACUUCCAACUUAUGGUAGAGACAAUGAAACUCCCGGCAGACUAAAAAUACGCUGGAAUCCAUCAAAUCAAGAUGAUGCUCGUCGUUUACUUGGAACUGACAAAGAGAAAAAUAUAUUGACACCUGAACCUAGCAAACAUUAUACCAAUUUUGCUUCGAGAUGUGUGACUCAAUAUGGAAGUGGAGUCGAACUUUUCCUUUUCCCUCCAGUAAACGGUCCUUAUCUUGAUCUAGCAACUAUUAGUGAAUUAGUUCGUCUCACUGGAAGUGGAGGAAUUUAUAAAUAUUAUAAUGACUUUUCCGAUAGAUUUGUUACGGAUUUAAAAUAUUCAUUGAAAUCUAGUUUCGCUUUUGAUACUGUUAUGAAAGUCAGAACCUCAACUGGUGUCCGACCUUUUGAAUAUUUUGGCAAUUUUUACUCUAGAAGCACUUCGGACAUCGAAUCAGCUGUUGUUAAUGCCGAAGCUAGUAUUGUUGUUGAAUUUCGUUAUGAUGAUAAAUUACCUGAAGACGAAUAUGUCGUUAUUCAAACUGCCACACUAUACACUUCUAUUAGCGGUGAAAGACGUAUACGUGUUCAUAAUGCGGCUUUUGGUGUAUGUGAUGAAGCUGCUGUUGUAUACAAAAGUUGCUGUUGUGACACAAUAAUGAAUUUAUUUUUACGAUCUGGUGUGUCUCAGUUGAAAAAUGGAACAAAAACUCCACAACAGAUCAAAGAACAUUUAAUUUCUCGAUGUGUUGCUAUCCUAAGCUCUUAUCGAAAACAUUGUGCUUCUCCUGGAUCACCUUUAGGUCAACUCAUUUUACCUGAAGCUUUGAAAUUACUUCCAAUUUAUACGAUUGGCGCCUUUAAAUGUGAUGCAAUUAAUGGUGGAGCUGAGCUCUCUCCUGAUGAAAAAGCUUAUGCUCAAAUUGUUACUCUGGGUGCCUCUAUCGAUUUAACUCAAGUCAUUUUGUACCCGAAACUUUUGUGCAUAGAGUACGAUCCAAAUUAUGAAGGUAACCUUCGUGCUGUUCAUAUACGUUGUUCGUCCAAUCGAUUGGAUAACAACUCGGCAAUGGCGUAUCUUUUAGAAACCGGAUUCCAUUAUUUCCUUUACCUUCCAACUUCUUUGCCAAACACUAAGAACCAACAAUUUUUGUGGAACGUCUUCGGUGUUGAUUCCUUACAAAAAAUUCCAGUUGAAACGGAAUUACCGAAUUUAAUGACAAUGGAGUCUCAAUUUAUCAAAACAUUAAUUGAGAAGAUGAGUAAAAGACGGCGAAGAGCAAUCAAGCUUCACAUCAUUCGCCAAGGUUUGGAUAAGACAGAAAUUGUCUUCAAGAGUUUCCUCUACGAGGACAAAAAGGGCCAUGACAGCGUGGGUCAUGACGCCCUCAGUUAUGUAGAUUUCCUAUGCCAUUUGCACAAAGAAAUAAGAGCCCAAUUGAACAACUAAACUGGAUAAAGAGGAGGAAGUAUUUUGAUCAUCAUCAACACCAUCAUAAUAAUGAUAAUGAUAAUUAAUAAUAAAUAUACCGAAAUAAUAAUUAAAAUAUUACUAGUAAUAACAAAAUAUAUAUAUUUAUAUAAUAAUAAAUGUUAUUAAAGAGGCUGAAUGUGGUGAUGACUGAGAUGAUGUUAAGGAAGAGAGCAAAGAUGAUACUAUCAAUGCGAUCUAUCAACGGAUAAAGUAAAGAUUGAAUUGAAUUGAAUUUGAAAGGAAAUGGCGAGAUGAUCUUCGAGGUUAUAUCAAUCAUCUUUGCUUUAACACUUGUCAUGCCUCUUAUCCGAUUAUCAUCACCUUCUCUUCUCUUCCCUUCUUCAUCAUCUUCUCUGUCUUCACACAAUUCUUUUUGGCACAA